AUGCUUCUCACAGCAGCUCUGCAGUUGGCUCUUGGCAGUCUGGCCUUCGGAGCUGGACCUGUUUGUACUACUAUGCCCCUCAUUGAAAAGUCUCGGUCCGUGGCCGUGUCCAACCCUUCCAGCCAAAAGGUCACCAGUUCGGCAGCUUUCAGCAGCGGUGCUGGCAACAAUAACAAUGCGAAUAUCUACGAUGGUACAGGAAAUGCUGGCUCAGAUACAUAUCGGUGCUACUAUGGCGGCUGGGAGAGCUUCCCUCCUGCAUCUGAAUGGAUCGAGUUUGAUGCCAUGUGGAACUACUCAAAGAAUGCUAUGGCAGAAUCCUGCGCGGACCUUGGUAUAGGAUCUUGCUCGAAUGGCGCUGGAGCUUUUGGACCCGGCAACAGUGGAGAGCAAACCGGUCUGAUAUGGAAUGCCAUCCAACAAGUCGCUCAAGCUUCGUUAGUUGACCAUCGAUUCAUUCUUGCUACCAUUCUGCAAGAGUCUAUCGGCUGCGUGAACGUUUGCCCGACCACCAAUCCAGAUCCUUCCCAGCCAGACAAUCCCGGCCUAAUGCAGUCCGAUGGAGGUGUCACAUUUGUUGGAAACUCUGCCAGCAACUCCGCCCAGCAGUCCAGCAUUACUCAAAUGGUUAUUGAUGGAACACAGGGAACCGCCCUCGGGGACGGACUGGUUCAAUGUAUCAACCAGUAUGGUAACAUAUACGAAGCUGCUCGCUGCUAUAACUCGGGCUCGGUAAACAGCGGUAAUUUGAACGACGGCCAAGGAGCCACGGCUUCAUACGUCAGCGAUAUUGCCAAUCGAAUGACUGGAUGGCUGUACUCCGACUCUAAGUUCAACCAAUGUUGA